CCGGAGCUCUCCCAGACGCGACAGUGCGACACAUAUUACACGUUCACAUUACCAUUAGUUUUAACUUGGAAGUUGGAACUCCUUAAAUAGCCUCAGGCUCAGGCUUCAGUACAUCAUUCGGAACGAGUCCUGGAAACUGAUUCCAAGAAAUCGCUGUCAUCAUUGUCAUAAGCGGAGGAAACAUUCUACAGGAACAUUGAUCAAGCAUCAAAGAUUGGGGUUUAGCUGAAAUCGACUCCUAAUGUUGAUUUUAUCAUUAAGAAAAAAAAAAUCGUCAUUGUCGUCAACAGAAGAUGCAUCUAGUUUGUGCUUUUUAAUCUAAGAUGUGAGAAGCCCAAGCGUUCUCAUAUUGUUGUACAGACUACAAUGGAGCCUGACUUAGAGAAAGGUAUUGACAGUAACAUUACAAAUAAAAAGAAAUCACCUCAUACUGAUGAGCUAGAUCCUCAGUUAGUGCAGAAAAAAGUGCUUCAACAGGAGCAAUCAACUGACGACACUUUUAGUCAACAGCAAAAAGCAUGUCAGACUUUCUUGCCCUUAGCUCAGAACUCUUGGAGGCCAAUCAAGACUUCUACUAUGACCGCUACUUCUACAUCUGCUGCUACAAAUAUCAGAAUACCACUGACAGCAACUGUUGCUAGCAAGUCGCUUUCAUCUCAAGUCAUGGAGUAUUAUGAGAAAUACUCGCAGAAUUCUAACUUAAAUCAGUAUUUUUCAUUGCCCACAUCAAUGUGUAACACAGCUGACUGUGCCAAGUAUUAUUAUAGUAUUUAUGAGUUAACACCUAAGUAUGUUACUGGUAGGCAAGGCUGCAUUGGCCAGGAUCAUGGAGUAAAAUCGUGUAUUCCUAAAGAAAGACGGCGCUGGGCCAGACCUCCAUUGAUUGGGCAGUCCUCCUCUGCUGAUGAAUCUCUUUACUUAAAACAAUCCAUGACAGAGUCACAAUCAUUGUGCCACAUCAGUCCUCAAGAUCAAGACCAAGAACUUCGAAAUCAACAACAGUCGUCAUCAACGAUCAGUGCAGAAGCUCUCGUUGUUACCAAAGAAAAGACAAGCGGUUAUCAAGAAUCCGUAACAAGUCAUAGCGAGCGUAAAACCUCCGCAUCACCAACCUCGAGCAUUGCCUCACACAAACCUCUUGAGUGGGACAGUGGGGCGGACGUUGGUUACUUGUAUGCAGCCGCGACAUCAUCAUCGAACGGUGCAUUAAGUGCCCAACGCUUCCAGAAGCUGAGUACACUAGAACGUAUGGCUCUAACGCGUGGCUGCUCAGCAGCUCUUAGGCUCGACCCUGAGGGCACUACUGGUCAGCAGCAGUCACCCGGAUCGUCAAACUCUGCAAUACAUACUACUGUUACUGCUACUGUACUGUCGUUGAUGACGACCCAGAAAACUGAAGGUAAAAGCAGCAAUAUCAGUAAUAAUGGUGAGCUGAGAGCAAGCUCCACACCCGUACUUGGUAACGCAUCUGGAAGUGAAAGUGAAAUCGAAAUCACGCCAGUUGUUAAAAAUCAUUUGACUGGUAUUGUCAUUGAAGAUGAUAUUGGUUCUGAGCUGCCAAACGAUAAGUACAGAAGAGAUCUUUCUAAAGAUAAUAGUGAUUUCAAUGAAACACCAAAAUCAUCGUCACAUGCCUUCAAGCUCCCAUACGCUUUCAAAUAUUCCAACGGAGAUUCAGAAUUGCAACCCAAAGAACAAGCGUCAAUAUCCAUCUGCAACUGUUUGCCCGAUGAGUCUGGACAGCAUCGUGCUAAAUCCUCCGCGUAUCCCUCAAGAAGAAAACAACCGGCAACUACAGGUGAAAAAACAGAAGAAAAACGGCCACUCAAAAAGAGCUCGUCCAUGAAUCUUCUUGAGUCAUCAAGUACCAAGUUUCUACUCAAACGCAGUCAAAGUGAGUUAAAUUUAUUUGGUCUGAACGAAAAGGCGGCUCAGAGGCCUAUAUUCCAUUCGUCAUCGUCGAUAGCUACGGUGGUGAAUAAUCACCACAAGCCGACUACGUGUGACAAAUUCAUACAGACGAGCAUGAGGGCCUGCGAUCGGGAGUCCAUUGGUAUUCAGGUCUCUGUACUUACAGAGGAAGAAAAGCUGCCACCAUUGACACGAGCGACGAGCUUAGCCCCACGAUCGGUACAACCGAUCGUUAAAAGUGCAUAUAAUAUACUACAUCCAAAAGCACCGUGCGUCAGAAAAAAGUCGGAAGAAGAAGAUCAAAAUAAAAAGGAAACGGAUAGUAGUUUUGAUUCUUCUAGAACCGUUUCAUUGACACCUCACGCUGAUAAUACAGAAAACGUAACAGGCCAAGCAAACAGUUUCGAGUAUUUUCCAGGUCACAUUUAUGAAAAUGUACCUAAUGUUAGCUCGAGUCACGUGUCAACGAUUGACACCGGGCGUUCCAAUUCGACAAUGCCAAACACAAGCUCGAGCAUAGAUGAAAAACUUUGGGGUGACUCGGACAGCCUUGUACGUGAUCUCGAGCGAAGCGUCAGUAUACUAAAGAGCCUUCUAGAUGCGAACAAGUUUAACAAACCGGUCAAAAGUCGGCUAAUUCAUCAUGUAGUCAAACGGUUACGUAACGCUCAGUACGCGGAAAAUGACACAAUUGAACACAAUUUGGAAGACAAUGUACCUUGGAAUCCAGAUGACGCUAGAAGUAAGGUUUAUAGAGCGGAGAUUAUACAGGCAUUAGUGAAAAACACGACGGAUUCGUCGGAUGAUUGGAAACCAGCAAGGGAACAGAAGAAGAAAAACUUAAAGAAGCUCGCGCCGACCAAAGAGGCGCGGGACAUGAAAGAAAUUAUAAAUAUGUCUGCUACAAUUGAAAGUAGCAAUAGCGACAAUUUUGAUAGAAAUAUAGAUCAAACUGAAAUGGAUGGGAGAAAAGCUAGAAUGGGGUUGAGAACAGAUGACUGCUCUAGACGGGGUAGGUUUAAUACACCAACUAACAAGAGUGAGAGUUCAGAGUGUUUUUUGCCUCAACGUGGACGCAAAAAAAAUAAAAUGCUUAAAGACAUAUUCAUUACUUCUACAUCAAAUAGCUCAGCGCAAAAUCAGAAUAGGGUUCUUUUGAACGCUGUUGUUAAUAACAGGCAAAGUCCAAUUGAAUCGAGUAGCGAAGCAGGCAAUAGUGUGAACUGGCGUCUUCCAGUCACGGCGUCUGAACGCAAAUAUGAGAUACGACAACGCGACAUUAGUACUUCAGAUUCAAUUGACAGCAAGGUCGUCAACUAUGUUGAAAUGGAAAAACGCAACCAGCUGAUUUGGAUUACUAACGAGAUCACCCAUUUGUCCAACCUUAAAAAACUCCUUGAGCAAGAGCCUAAAAGUAAAACCGAGCGCUCGUCGAAUUCUUCAACACCUAAAAGCAAGCCAUCUGACUUAAAGCCACUAAAAUCUCUACCUGCAUCUCGUGAUCACUAUUAUUUGCAAAACGUCAAUGAAAGCCAGCUAAAUAGGAAUUGGUCAUCGCAUUGUAAUCUGAUAAAAUGUCCACUUUCGGCAAUGAGCGCUAAUGUAAGGCGGUUAAAAAAACGCAACAGCUGCACGCAAACUGACUCCGACAAUUCGUUUGCCUACUCAAAAUCUAGUAGUGAAAUCGUGUCGGCUAGAAUUCAGAGCCCCAACACAAAACUAACUAACGUUUGCGUGCAGACUUCAGGAAUCCUGCCGCAGGUGAGCACAGUCUGCCAAGUUUACCAAUUUCAACCAAAUUACCCUUGUGUGAGUGGUGAGCGAGCUUGUCCACAAUGUCUGUUUAAGAAUCCACCAGUACCACUGUAUCAAUUACACAGUAGUAACAAUGCUGAGUGUAUGAAAAAUGACUUAGAAGGCGCCAAGGAGGUAUUCAAUCAUUCCAGUGCUCGACAACUCAAGUGUGCUUGCAAAACUGACUGUGAGAGUAAAACAGAUGGAAUCCCUAAAUACACUACAGCUGCAAAUGAAACUUGCAACCACCAUUUUUGUGAAGACUCUACGUGUUCGUGCAGCAGGUGUCGACUAACUGGAUCCUUGGAGACGAGUCAGUCGCAAAAAGACUGCGAUUGCGAGGACCAAAAAAUUGUUCAUAACUUCGAGUGUAUGCAUAUCAAAAAACUGCCAAUGAAGGAGCUACUGGAUAAAGCUACUGGUACGACGGACCUCGUUUGCCAGUGUACAAAAUCGAAAGGUGCGCAGAUGUCGCAAAGAUUAGAUUGUAGCUAUCACUCAAACAAAAAGUCUUCUCCGUACUUUUUGAAUGUUCCCAGUGAAGAAGUCAAGAACCAUCAGGAAAUACACAACUGUAGAAUCAACCCAAAAGAUCGUGAAAAAUCAUCUCUCAGUCCGAAACCUAGUUCUUUGACGAAAAGCUUAACAUUACCAAACAGCCAAGUCUGUCGAGUUUGUGGAACGCUUUACCAAAAUAAGCAAAAUUGCCACUGUAUAAGCAAGAGCUAUCCGAAAGGAGUGGCUUACGAACUGUCGUUUAUCAAUGAUGGAAAGGCGAAUAUUGAAAUCAACGGCAUGAACAGAAAUAACGAAGCUCGGGCUGGACCAAGGUGUGAGUGCAGUGGUUUUCAGAUGAGAUAUUGUAACUGUAAAAAAAAAAAAGCAAAGCAAUACAGUCUUAAAAGAAAGCAUACCUUGCAGGAGUAUUUAAUUUCUAACAAUCCAACAUUUGCUGACAACGUUGAGAUCCGUCGCCACUAUGUUUCAGAAAUACAACGCAUGCGGGAGCUUAGGAAAGAAAGAAAAGUACAAUUAUUGGCAAUGGCAACGACGACUAACAUUUUUACGUCACCUCAUCUAACUAGAAAGUGUCCACACAAAAAACUAACGGAUAAUGAAAUUAAAGUAAGGCUCAGGAAACGUUACUGUCAACUACCCGAAAUUCGAGCCAAACGGCUACAACAGCAGCUGCAAAAGGAAACACGACGCAACAGGCUAAUGGCUAAAAUAUUCUGUAAAAAAUUACAACAAAGAGUAUUAAAGGGACAAGUUGAUCUGUCUCAAAGUGUGAGUGUUAUUUCAAACUUGUAGCAUUUGAGGAAGUUAAGUAUGUACUAAGAACACUUUUAUUGGAUUGAAAGCAUGUGUACGAAAUAAUACAAAUUGUACUAACCAGCAGUCAUUAUUAUAAAAGAAUGUGUGUGCGUGUGCGCGCGCACGCGCGUGCAUGUGUGUAAAUACAUGUAUAUUUGGAGCAUCCCUCGUAAACGGAGACAAAUAAUGUUUCUCUUUUAACUUCGCGUGUAGAUCGUACUCCAUGAAAGAAUAGUAGGGUAAUUUUAUUAAAUUUUGACCAACACCACUGCUAUCAGUCGUAGUAAAAAAUUAAGAAUUUUUUUUUGACCGCCAACUUAGAAAUUUUUGAGGAAAGAUUAUGCUGACGAAAAAAAAAUCCUCAUUAGCAUUUUUUUCCAAGUAAAAUGUGUAUAUUUGAUGUAUCUUUAGAGCUUUUAUUGCGGGACAAAAAUUUUUUUUUCUCAUACCCUAACCGAAAGUACAUCUUUGUUUUCCCUGUUUUCAGGAAGCAAAGUGCAGUAUUCCUCCCAGAUAAAAAAUCGCAUGUACUGCUCAUAAAAAAAGUAGUU